AUGUUCUCGCGAGGGAUCAGACACAAGUCCCCCCUCUCUCUCCCUCCCCCCCAGGUGUUCAUCGACAUCCCCCGCGAACAGGUCAGCGAUCCCAUGGAAAACUGUCGCAUCCCCGUCGAGCUAUGUGAACGUAUCAUCGACGAGUGUGCGAACGACUACUUCCUACUCCGCCAAUCUCACACUCUCCUCGCGUGCGCGCUGACGUGCAAGGCCUGGGUACCCCGGAGCCGCUUCGUGCUCCUCCACGACGUGCGCUUCCGUACCGAGGACGGCGUCACGCGCUUCGUGCAAGAGAUCGCGGCGCACCCGCGGUGGACUGCGGACGUACGCACGCUGCACAUCACCCCCGCGCGCAUGCACGCACACGGCUUGCUCGCGCUCGUGUCCCUCCUCGUCAAGCUGAACAACCUGCAGGAGCUUCGGUUCGCCCAGCUGGACUGGGCGACGUACCCUUUUGGGGUCACGAGGCAGCUGGCGUGUCUCGACGCGCGAACCAUCAGGGCGCUGAACAUAUCGAACGUGGUCUUCCCGAGCGCGGCGGAGAUGGUCAGGCUCGUGCGAUCGCUGCCGCUACUACGGCGGCUCACUUUCGGGCUCAUCAAGUUGACGAGGGAGACGACUCCACAGGACUGUCGGAGGCUUGUUGCGCCCUCACACAGGAGAGUGGAUACCCGACUUGACAUGCUCUCAGUCUGGACAACUUCCCUCCCGUGCUGGAAACUGCCCUUCACAGACUGCGCGGGCCGUUUCCGCGACAUCCUGCGGCGCAUCUGUUCAGACCGCAUGCGCACCAUCACCAUCCGGAUUGCCCCGUGCCUCGUCCCCGCCGCCGACGGAACUCUAGCGUUCACGUAUCGCACGACCUGCCUCGACGCUGUCAGCACGUUGUUUGGGGAGCCCACGACGGCGUUCUUCGGGCAACCUGGGCGGCUCGCGAACCUGCACACGCUGAGCGUGCAUGUGCUAGAGAGCUCAUCGUACAACGACGCGCACUGGUGGUGCCACGUCUUGCGGAAGCGAUUGGGGCCCGUCCCGAGUAUAACCCCGCCCUUCGUCGGGGUGCAUGUCACUAUGCGGACCUUUGGCUUCCCGAAUCCGAAAGAGCUUCCAUACCGCCGCCGCGCAGACUUACAGGGUGGUUGUGGGACGAACCAUCCUCGGGCUAAGAAAGGGAAAGCCACGAUGACGGACUACCAAGGUGCGAGCGAGGACAACGCCCCUGGGCCCUCUGGCUCUGGCUUGAAGAAUCCCAUAUUGACCGAUGGACUGGUCAUCAUUGUCCGCGCGGGUGCGGCGAUCAGUAUCCGGCGGGAACGUGCGCUGAGCCGGGGCACUCACUAA